AUGGGCGGAACAAACCCCAAGCCAACUGUUCCAAAAUCAACAGUUAGUGCUGCCACAAGUAGAACAACAACAUCAGAUGCCAUGCAAUCGAGACGUCGGAUGGUUCAGAACUAUCUGGUCAUUUGGGUCGAUGAAAUUCCUGACACAGAAAUAAAUGAACUAAAGCGUAAAUACCACCAGAAAUCACCAGUAUGGUGGUAUACAUGUGAAAUGUUUCUCUAUGGUAUGCUUAGUUGGGGGUUACGAUCACUUGAUAUGGAAGCGAUGUUCAAGUUAGGUUUUUUUAUUCGGAGUUUACAUCUUCAACUGAAACAAUUGCAUCAGAAACAAUCGGCUAAAUUCAAGAAAUCAUUUGCCGUUUAUCGUGGUCAAGGAAUGAACGAAGAAGACUUUCAGAAUUUACUAGAUUCAAAAGGUGGUCUACUAUCGUUCAAUAAUUUCCUAUCAACAAGUAUGGACCCAAAAGUGGGCAUUGAAUUUGUUGAACGUACUAUGGAAAAGAACCAAGACAUUGUUGGCGUUAUUUUUAUUAUGACUAUUGAUCAAAGUAAAAUAUCAACUUCGAAUACUCCAUUUGCUAUGAUUGAUGAACACAGUGCUAUUCCAUCAGAACAAGAAAUACUCUUUACAAUGCACACUGUUUNGUACAAAUACGACGACAGUGACCUCGUGUACAUGAAAAGGCCUUCCUAG